UUCUUGUUUUGCAGGUGCAGCCGGGUGUGUAGCAACGUUGCUCCACGAUGCAGCCAUGAACCCUGCCGAAGUGGUCAAACAGAGGAUGCAGAUGUACAACUCGCCUUACCAGCGUGUGACGGACUGUGUGCGGGCUGUGUGGCACAACGAAGGGGCCGGAGCUUUCUACCGCAGCUACACCACCCAGCUCACCAUGAACAUCCCCUUCCAAGCCAUUCACUUCAUGACCUACGAGUUCUUGCAAGAGCAGCUCAACCCCCACAGACAGUACAACCCUGGCUCCCACGUGGUCUCCGGAGCCUGCGCGGGGGCUGUCGCUGCCGCUGCCACUACACCUUUGGACGUUUGCAAAACACUGCUCAACACCCAGGAGUCCCUGGCCUUGAGCUCCAACAUCAGCGGACACAUCACAGGCAUGGCCAAUGCCUUCAGGACGGUGUACCAAGUGGGUGGCGUGACCGCCUACUUCAGAGGGGUCCAGGCGAGAGUCAUUUAUCAGAUGCCCUCGACGGCGAUCGCCUGGUCCGUGUACGAGUUCUUCAAAUACAUCCUCACCAAGCGCCAGGAGGAGCGGCGGGCUGGGAAGUGAGCCAGAGCCGAACGCCGUUCCAGACCUGCUCCACCUCCCCUCCUGGUUUGUCUUCUGACCCCUCUCCCUUUCCGUUCGGUUUGUGUUGAAGAGAGGGGGCAGCGAAGCCCUUCGGGGUCUAGCAAUGCCAUUUCUUGCCUGUGGCUGCUGCAGCUCUGCUCAGGCUGCACGGCUUGCUCUCUCCCAGGGUCCUCCGCGAUGUCCCACAGGGAGCUGCAGCCCAGGUCAUGUCCCCUGGCACUUCGGUGGAGCUGUGCUCCUGUCCUAACAAAAACCUCCUCUCAUGCAAAGCUCGCCUCUCCUCGGAGGCGCCCCGGCCUCGGCCGGGCCAAAGCUGAGCUCCCAGUCGCCAGGGAGGGGGUGGCGGCGCUGCCCGGGAUGCUUGUCUGGCUUUUGGCUGAAGCGAAGUGUAAGCCUUGCCGUUGUCUUGUAGCACGCACACGUGAUGCUGACUGCCCCGGUGGUGGUGGUGGGAGGAUGGCACUUGAGGAGGGGAGCCUGUAGGUUUGUUAUUGUUCCUGCUCUUGACACCUCCAAUAAAAACAGUUCUGCUC